AUGGCUUCUGGCAAGAAGAAGACUCAAAGCAGCAGUCAAGGCUGGUGGUGGGCAGAAUUUACAGAACAUCCUGGCUACGAGAGUUCUGAACCAGCAUCAAUGGUGCAGCAGAAGGCAAAGUCUAUGGCAAGCUAUCACAGCACUAUAGACCAGUAUAGACAUCAUGAAAGUCUAUAUAUUACCAUAAAGUUUGGUCAAGAUCUUAUUUUUGCCUCUCUUCUCUUCUUCUUGCUUCUCUAUCCUUCUCUUGGUGUUGAUGUUGUUGGUGCUGGUACUGGUGCUGGUGCUUUGAACUCUGCUCUCUUCCCUCCUGCUCCUCCUCCCCCCAACUAUUUUCGCAUUUUUGACCAUUUGGCAAGUCUUUUCUCUGACUCUCACUUCCUCCUGUCUAAUCCUCUCCUUCUAGCUCCCUUCCCUCCUCUUCCCUCAAGAAUUUUCGCAAUUUUCACUAUUUGUUCUCUUGCCUCUUCCUCCUGUAAUUUUCGCAUUUUUGCCUGUUUUGUAGUUAUUAGUUUACAUGUAUUGUAGCAGUUGAAAUAUAAUUUGGAAUUUUCGCUUU